CGUUACAGCGGCGGCAGCACCACGAGAACAGUUUUGCCAUGGCGUCGCUCCAAGCUCCCGAGCUCUUGGCAUGCCUCCUCGUCGUCCUCGCCACCCUCCUCCUCCUCAAGCAACUGCUCGCGCCGAGCAAGAGACGCUCGGCCUCGGCCUCACCCUCCCUCCCGCGCCCAAGGGGCCUGCCCCUCAUCGGCAACCUCCACCAGCUCGGCGCGCUCCCGCACGACUCCCUCGCCGCGCUCGCCGCCAAGCACGACGCGCCGCUCAUGCUGCUCCGCCUCGGCUCCGUGCCGACGCUCGUCGUCUCCUCCGCCGACGCGGCGCGCGCCGCGUUCCAGCACAACGACCGCGCCAUGUCCGGCCGCCCGGCGCUCUACGCGGCCGCCAGGUUCUCCUACGGCCUGCAGAACAUCUCCUUCGCGCCGUCGGAAGGCGCCUUCUGGCGCGCCGCGCGCCGCGCGUGCCUGUCGGAGCUCCUCGGCGCCCCGCGGGUGCGCGGGUUCCGCGAGGCCAGGGAGGGCGAGGCCGCCGCGCUCGUCGCCGCCAUGGCGGACGCGUCCGGAGCCGGCGCUGCUGUGGACCUGAGCAAGCUUCUCCUCGUCGCGAGCAACAAGAUUGUGCGACGUGUCGCCUUCGGCGGCGACGACGGCGGCGAAGGUGGCGCGGAGGCGAGUGCUGUCCUCAAGGAGACGCAGAGGCUUCUUGGUGCUUUCUGGGUCGCCGACUACGUACCGUGGCUCGGGUGGCUGGACGCGCCGCGUGGCCUGCGGGGGCGUCUGGAGCGGAACUUCCACCAGCUCGAUGCGUUCUACGAGAGCGUGAUCGACAGUCACCUCAAACGGCGAGCAUCCUCCUCCGCCGACGACGAGGAGGACUUGGUCGACGUGCUCCUCCGCCUGCACGCCGACCCGGCUCACCGGAGCACGUUCAGCAGUCGCGACCAGAUCAAAGGCAUCCUCACGGACAUGUUCAUUGCCGGGACCGACACGUCGGCGGCGACGGUGGAAUGGACGAUGACGGAGCUGGUCAACCACCCGGACAUCCUCGCCAAGGCGCAGCACGAGGUGCGCAGCGUGGUCGGCGACAACGGCAUGGUCCGGGAGCCCGACCUCCCGGAGCUCACCUACCUGAAGCUGGUCAUCAAGGAGUCCAUGAGGCUGCACCCGCCGGUGCCGCUCCUGGUGCCCCGGGAGACCACCGAGCCAUGCACGGUCCACGGCUGCGAGAUACCGGCCGGGACGCGGGUGCUCGUCAACGCGAAGGCCAUCGGCGCGCACGCCGGCGCGUGGGGCGCCGACGCGGCGCAGUUCGUCCCCGAGCGGCAUGAGCACGGCGAGGACCUCGGCGACUUCAAGCCGUGGCACGACAGCUUCGCGCUGGUGCCGUUCGGGAUCGGGCGGAGGAGCUGCCCCGGCGUGCACUUCGCGACGGCCGUGGUGGAGCUGGUGCUGGCCAACCUGCUCUUCUCCUUUGACUGGAGCGCGCCGCUCGGCGAGGUGGACGCUGAGGAGGAGAACGGGUUGACCGUGUACAGGAAGAACCCUCUCAUGCUGUUUGCGAAACCACGGAGAUGCGCGUAGUACGAUGUUGUGAUCUACUAUGUGCAGCAAAUAAGUGACAUUUAGUCCAUUUACUGUUCGUUAUCUUGAAGCAGUCAACGUAUCAGUUUUGCUGUUUCGAAA